UGAGAGAGAGAGAGACUGACUCUGAGAGAGAGAGGGACACAGGGAGACUGACUCUUACUGAGAGACACAAGAUGCCAGCAUUGGAAACAUCUCUCAAACUGGCCGUGUUGUGUGUAUUCCUUGCCAGCCUGGUCCCCAGCCCAGGCGAGGCGUGGUACAAGCAGGCGACCGGCCCCAGCUAUUACUCGGUGGGCAGAGCCUCCGGGCUCCUGUCCGGGAUCCGGCGCUCGCCUUACAUCCGCAGAUCGGAGCCCAGCCAAGGGGCGGAAUCGGCGGAGAACAGCGUGUAUUCAGAACUGGGAGGCCAGCCCAGACAAACAACACUGAUCAAAAACAUGGCUGUCUGUGUGAAGGAUAUCUCUCCCAACCUGCAGAGCUGUGAGCUGCUCCAAGAUGGACUAAACACCUUCCAGUGCAAGGCUGAUGUAUAUCUGUCGCUGGAUUCACAGGACUGUGUGAACGCCUGAUUUUCCCUUCUCCAGCUCUCAACAAAAGUACCAACCAAACCCUACAAACUGUUCCUGACACCAUGUUUUAUUAUUUCUACUCAUUUCAAACAAUUUAGAAUUGACCCUGAACUCACUGUAACUCCUAACUCACCGACAUGUGUUAAAAUAUGUUAAACUUAACUAAUUUAUUUGCUGCAGGGCAGUUCCUCUGAGUCUGAUUUUUGUUAACAAUCGAUUGCCUAUAUAAAAAUGCAUCUC